CCGAAUGAAUGGCGGUUUUUCAAAUUGGAGUAAAAUUUGGGGCGUACGACUUUUCAGCACCUCUCCGUUGCGUCUGAGGUUGAUCGGAAGUUACAAUCGUUAUCGGAAAACUUAAAUACGAUUCUCCUUCUCAGUGUGAUUAUAUGUACAUUUGUAGGUAAAAGUUUUUGUUUGAUUUGUGCAUUAUAAAGUGCUGAUGGAUCAACAAAAAGCCAUCAACUUGAAGAAGCCGGUGUUGGGAGCAUCACAAUUCAAACAUAUUCGUAAGGUGAAGCGACCAAAAAGGAACUGGUUGGAUCUCCCGUCAGAGAUAACGGCCAAUAUACUCCACAGAAUUGGUGUUUUUGACAUUUUUCAGAAUGCCCAGAAAGUAUGCACCACGUGGCGUGAAAUCUGCAAGGACCCGGCUAUAUGGAGGGUCAUUUAUGUGGACGCUUCUUUUGACACAAAUGCUAAUCGUGCAUUUGAAGAGAUGUGUAAGCGUGCUGUUGACAGAAGCCAAGGCCAACUAGUUGAUAUCACCAUCGUGCGAUUCUGCAAUGAGGAGAUUCUUGAAUACAUUGCUAACAGAUCUAUUCAACUUAAACGUCUCACAAUCGCGUGUUGUGAUGAUUUUUCGAAUCGUAUCUGGACCAAAUGUUUGGUGAAAUUUCCAUUACUGGAGGAACUCAGCCUUUAUGCAACAAAUAUAUCGAGAGAGGGUAUUGAAACUGCUGGCCGUUAUUGCUCCAAGCUAAAAACACUCAAAGUGAAUCAAGAAAAUUAUAGGUUCUGGGAUUAUUAUAGUGAUGGGGAGUAUGAGCCUAAUGAUUUUAUGGAUGAUUGGAUAGCUACGGCUAUCGGGGAAAACUUACAUGAGUUAAGGCACCUUGAACUCAUCGGGAGCCCAAUGACGAAUGAAGGGUUGAAGAUGAUUCUGGAUGGUUGUCAUCACCUUGAAUUACUUGAUUUGCGUCGGUGCUUGUUCCUCCAUCUUGGUGGAGAUUUAUGGAAAAGAUGCUUACAACAAAUUAAAUGUGUAAAACUCCCCAAUCAUUUUCCAGAAGGUUGUCCAUUUAUAUAUAAAACGGAUGAAUUUUCUGAUGAAUUUGGUGGAUUUUGUGAAGAAUAUUAUGAUGAAUCUGAGGUAGGAUAUGAUGAAGAAUCUGAGGGAGGAUCGGAUGAAGAAUCUGAGGGAGGAUCGGAUGAAUAAUCUUGUGAUGAAUCUAUGACGUUUUUCUUUUGAAAGAUGAUAUUGUGACAGUUUUGAAGUCGAUAGAAGACUUAAAAGUAGACUUUUAGUAGCUUUGGGUCGUUUAUGUUUUAAAGUUUUGUACUAACUUGUAACAACUUUAUGUAAGUUUAUAAUUUUUCUGCACUUGUUUUGAUACCAA